AUGACAAAGUCCGAAUCGAAAGACAGCCAUGGCGGGUCGACGCACAGUUCAGUACCCAACGCAAAGAAUGCUUCCAUUCUAGUUGGCAUUCGUGAUGGUGUCACUGGAGACUUCAAGCUAGUCCCUCGACCAGAGGCAGUUGUCUCAGUGUUCGACUCCAAUUUCCUCAUUGGUGAUGGCAUCUGGGAGGGCAUUCGCGCCAACAAAGGUCGCCUCCAGUUCGCACGCGACCACAUCAACCGUCUCUUCCAAUCAGCAAAGGCAAUGUUUAUGGAUCUCGGCCUUUCAAAAGGUGAUCUUCUCGACUUGAUCCAUCAAACCCUUGACGCAAACGACAUGGGUGAAGAUGAACACGUCCACAUCCGUCUCGUCGUUAGUCGCGGUCUCAAAUCAACACCCUACCAGAACCCCAGCGUCAAUAUCGGCCUCCCAUUAAUUGUCAUCAUCCCCGAAUCCAAAGCCGUCGAUCCAAACUCCAAAUCUCGCGGUUUGAGACUUGCCACAACCUGGGUUCGUCGCGGCCCACCAGACGUCAAAGACGAACAGUGGAAUCACAUUUCAAAAGCAACAGAUGUCCAAGCUUGUAUCCACGCCAACGUUAUGAAUGUUGAUGAAGCACUUAUGCUUGACCUGCGUGGUUUUGUAAAGACAUGUAACUCUGUCAAUUUCUUCAUCGUGAGAGGUGAUGAGGUUUGGGCGCCCACGAAGGAUAAUCAGAUGCAGGGAAUCACAAGACAAAAGACGAUUGAUGUUUGUCGCGCAAAUGGAAUCACGGUGAAAGAAUUGGAUUUCACGUUGACCGAGGUCUAUGGUGCUGAUGAGGCCUUUUGUACUGGCACGUUUCCAUCGCAGAUUCAUGUGACUGAGGUUGAUGGAAGGGUUAUUGGGGAUGGGAAGAGGGGGGCUGUCACGGAGAAGAUUCAGCAGUUGUAUGCCGAUCUUGUCAAGAAAGACGUCGAGAGAUCUCGAAAAGAGAUUGGGGAACAGGUCACGAGUCAGCGAGAUCUGAGAUGGUUACAGUCGAAGUUGUAG